AUGAAGAUUUUCAUGAUCCUUCUCCUCGCUCUCCUCACCAUCUCCACCGUCUCCGCCUUCACUGACACCGCUAGAACCGGCAUCGUGUGCAAGACUCAUCAAAACUGUGGAUUCUCGGCAAGAUGCAUCCAAGGACACUGUAUGCCUGUCCCUGGAACGUGGGCUGGAGUCCCACCGUACGACUGUAGCGAAUGUCCUAACUACAAAGAUUGUCUUUCGGAAUAUGGUUGCCCCAUUUGA